AUGCCUCCCAAACACGCUAAAGGUAAAACAACGAUUUUAAAACCCACUCAUGGGUCUGGUCUAAACCCUGCGCACUUGCCUGCGGAGACUCAACUGCAUCUCAGUGAUGAACAACCACGCGAGCCUAUGGCAAACACUUUCAAUCCACAUGAAGUGUUCAGCUCACACAGCCACAGCAAUCUGUCUUUGGGUACACAUGCCGGUUAUGUGCCCUUCAAUCAUGACAACUACGACAAUAACCCUGGCCCAUCAUCAAGCGCUCGUCCUGAUCCUUUUUCAAGCGCUCACACAGGUCCAUCAUUAAUCGCUUGCGCUGAUUCACGUGACGGUUAUACACCCUUUCACCACGAUAACUACAACACAUACGCUAGUUCAUCAUCGAGUGCUCAUACUAAUCCAUAUGCCAGUUAUGUGCCUUUCGACCACGAAAACCGUGACACUCACAGCGUGAGCACUGAUCCAUCGUCGAGUGCUUACAUGGGUACUGCCCCCAACUACCAAUCCUUGGGUCACUUUGGUACCAGUCAUGACAUUCCGCCGUAUCAACCCUCAAGCUCCUAUGGGAACUCACUGUCUGGAUAUGAGAAUGCGCAAUCUGGCUAUGAAAAUCCGUAUGGAUCACUUGAGAGCCCAUACAACAACCCCAAUCAUCCCAAUGAACUUUCGGAUGUUGACAAUAUGUCAGGUACAGCACCCAACCCACAUCACAUACAGGUGCCGCCAUCGUUCGACAAUGACGAAACUGAACCACCUCCGGAGCCCCAACGCAGUCCUCUCCCCGUUACAAUGGGUGAGAUACCGGAAUCGCAGGUCAUCCAUGACCUGCACAAUCAUCUAAUAGAUGACAACCCCGAUCCCACUCAUCAGAACCCUACUGAUACUGCUGCAACAACGCAGGCGGCUGCAAGCCGUGCAGAAGCGCCAAAUGAACAGCAUUACUUUGAGGUCACGGGAGCUGUCCGUGAUCAGAUCUUCCAGCGCUCACAAGAACUCGUGGUAGGCAUCAUGUUUACAAAAGAUGCUGUCCUGCAUGAUUUGGGAAUCAUGCAUGGACAUGACUACUAG